UAUGUUUUGACGUAUCCAAUUUGGUAGCAUAAAACAUAAUCGGGUCAACCAUGAUGUCAUAUCAUUAGCUUAAUUUUAAAAGUGACGUACCAUUUCUACACGAAAUUCGGUAGACCGAGCACCUAUUUAUUGUAUUUAAUUUAUUUUUGUUCCACUAGUGUUUAAAAAUGUCGUACUUUCAAUCAAGAUACUCUGCCGGUUCAAUGCCACCCCCAUCUUUAAGCGAUAAGCUGCGCCUCUACCAUGUAGACAUGAACCCAUACGGCCACAGAGUUUUACUCAUUCUAGAGGCUAAGAAGACUAAAUACGAGGUUUACAAGCUAGAUCCACUGAAGCUGCCUGAUUGGUUCAGAACUGCUAAUCCUAGAUUAAAAAUACCAGUGCUGGAAAUCCCAACGGACCAAGGAGACAAAUUUCUGUUCGAGAGUGUGGUGAUAUGCGACUACUUAGACGAGAAGUACGGACGGGGGCACCUACACUCACGGGACCCGUACGUUAAGGCGCAGGACAGGCUGCUGAUUGAGAGGUUUAAUGAGCUUAUAAAAGGCAGUCUAGAGUGCUUCGACACAAACUUCGCCUACGGCAGUGAACAGAUCGUGCAAACCUUAGAUAUCUUUGAAAAAGAACUUACUGCGAGAGGUACAAAUUAUUUCGGUGGUGAACGGCCCGGUAUGCUGGACUACAUGAUCUGGCCGUGGGUUGAGCGCCUGUAUCUUCUGCGCUGCAUCAACGAGAGGAAGUUCGACGAGAAACGAUCGCUGUUCCCUAACUUUGCCGAUUGGGGCGACCAAAUGCAGGUAGAUGAAGUGGUGAAGAAGCAUGCCAACUCUCCAGCCGAGUAUUUCGACUACUACAAGAACGCUAGGACACAUUCAAUGGGAUAUUAUCUUUAAGAAAAUAGGCUUCAGAAGACAAAAACAUUUCACUAAGUUUAGGACAUUUUAUUUUAAGCUGGAUGUUUCGUUCCGUCUAUAGUCUGAAUCUUCUCAAAUGAUUUUUAACGCCUAAGACGGUAAUCUGUUAAACAAAAGCCAUUGUUCCUUUUGUGGGAGCUGUCGGCCAUUGUUUGCCAUUGAGUCGGAGCGCGUGCUACGGCGCGUGCCAUUGUCAGACACAACGGCCGACCGCUCGAAGGAACAAUGGCUUUUGUUUAACAGAUUACCGUCUUAGGCGUAAAAAUCAUGUGAGAAGAUGCAGACUAUAAGCGAUUCCGUUAAGGCGCUAUCGCGAUAAUAUGACCUUGACUUUCUAUGACGUCACACUCAUUCUGCAUUUGUUUCUUUGAGAUUAUUUAUAAUAUUUUUCAAACACGAAGGGUACUGUGACCGGUGUGAUCUUUAUACAUUUUUUUUAAGAUUUGGCGUUUUAAGGUUAUAAAUUUAAUUGUAUGAAGAUGACACCAGUCACCAUUCCUUUCGUGUUUGAAAAAUACUGUAGAAGCUAACUUUAAGAAUAAACCCGCGUGUCUACAGAAAAGCAUCGCAAGGCCUUCAAACCUUCAAGGAAAGAGCGUACUCCCAUCUUAAAUUCCGGCAAUGCACUUGCAACCCCUCUGGUGCCGCAGGUGUCUAUGGGCACGGUAUAUGGUGUAUUGUCUGCUCUUUAGCCUCUUAUCACAGAAAAUAUUUAUUAUAUCCAACGUGACGUCAUUCAAUGUUAUAUUUCAGCCUCAACAAAAUGGUUUAGACAGGAUAUCCAGCUCGAAUAAAGUAAUCCUUGGCAUACAUUGUGCCAUUUUGCCAAAAGGGUACUUAUUGUCGCUUGUCAGUAAGGCGCUAUUUUCAUAUAGCUUCAAUUAGAAAUCAACCUUAUCAACAAGCGACAACGUGGUAUAGUUAGCGCUAUCUCUACUGAGCUCGUUCACUUACCUGUACUAACAA